AUGGAUUUCCAAAGGCUGCUAUUGCGGGUGGAACAAGCCCUGAGCAGUGAAGAAGUACAAGCACUUGCAUUUAUUUGCAAAGAUCUGCUUGAGAAAGACUGUAGCUCAGUGCCCACAGCAAGUAAACUCUUCUCUCUUCUGACGGAACAAGAACUGUUAACCCCCGAUCAGCUUUACUUGCUUGCUGAUCUACUAUGCACCAUCCAGCGCCACAGCUUGAUGCGAGAGCUUGGCCUCAACAACCAGCUUCCAACAACCAGUAGCCUCAUCUCUCCUUAUAGAAAGCUGCUGUAUGACUUGUCAGAGAACACCACUGAAGACGAGUUGAGAGAGAUUAAGUUCCUAUUGGUUAACAUACUCCCUCGUAGGAAACUGGAGGACAACGUGACUACCUUGCAAGUAUUCCUGGAAAUGGAGAAAAUUGAUAUUUUGAGCGUUAUAAAACUAAACAUAGUUGAAAGUAUAUUUGGAAGUGUCUGCCCCAUGUUGAAAACAAGAAUCAACCAGUUUAAGACACGGCAGGCUUCACAGCCUUCAACUGAGGAAGUGGGAGAAUAUGCCAUGACAGGACGAAAGAGAGGUUACUGUCUGAUAAUUAACAACUACAACUUCAAAAAUUCUCCAAAACUCCUAAACAAUAGAGAGGGAACACAGGUUGAUGAAAGCAGUUUGGUGAGUGUGUUUGAGUGGCUGGGAUUUGAAACGCAGAUUGAGCCAGACUGCAGCCGGGAGCAGUUACUGUCUCUAGUUGCGGAGCUCCGCAGCCGUGACCACAGCCAGAUGGACUGCCUGGUGUGCUGCGUUCUGAGCCACGGGCUGGAGGGAUGUGUUUAUGGGGUGGAUGGGCUGAAGGUCAGAGUCAGGGAGCUCACAGAGCCCUUCUCUGGACUGGAGUGCAGCUCACUGAGGGGAAAGCCCAAACUGUUCUUUAUCCAGGCCUGUCAGGGCAUCAAGGAACAACAGCCAGUGUUCAUCCAGUCCGAUUGCCCAGGCGCUGAUGGCUUUACUACCACCAGCUCUAUCUGCACUGAUGCAGUGGUACCCAGAGACUCCAUUCCCUCUGAUGCUGACUUCCUUCUGGGCAUGGCCACCGUCCCUCACUUUGCCUCGUUCAGAGACAAGAGGCAGGGCACUUGGUUCAUCCAGUCAUUGUGCCAGAACCUCAUCAACUUGGUUUCCAGUGGGUAUGACUUGCUGUCCAUCCUGACCAAGGUGAACGAUGAUGUCAGCAGUAAGAGUGAUAACCAUGGCACCAGGAAGCAGAUGCCCCAGCCUGCAUACUCACUCAGGAAGAGGCUGGUCUUUCCCAUCCCAAAAGACCCUCCUCCGAGACUACACCUCCCAGACUACACCUCCCCGACGACGUGAGCCACAAAUAUUGGCUUGAGAGCACUAGAGCAGAGGGGUUUAAAUCUGGUCCUUAUACUUUCCCACCAAAUCAGGGACUGAUUCAGACACUAUAUGUGUAGACUCAUCAACAAUAUAUACACCCUCUGGGAUCACUCAGGUAGAAGG